AUGGCCAUUUUAACCUUUACACUCAGCCCCGAAGGUAUCGGCAAGCUGCAUGAUGCUCUCGCAUGUCUUGGUAAAUUCAGCGAAUCUGUUUCCAUUGAAGCAUCUCAUGAUAAGCUUGUCUUGACCGCACUUAACUCUUCCAAAUCCGCGUACGCUUCCUUCACUCUAGUUGGGAACAAAUUCUUCUCCAAAUAUCAAUAUAAGCCUCUGAGGUCCGCCAAUCCGAAGGAAAAGUUCAACUGUCGGAUAUAUAAUAAGGCACUUCUAUCUGUUUUUAAAGCCCGGGUUGGUGAUCCUACCAGGGAACGGGAAACCGCAAUUGAGAGAUGUGACGUCUCCGUUGAAGAUGGAGAAGGCAACACCAAAAGCCGGUUUAUCAUUAGGAUCAUUUGUAGACACGGUGUGGUUAAAACAUAUCGAUUGACUUUCGAGUCUGUUUCUCCGAUGCAUGCCCUCUUUGUCAAGGAGAGUGCAAACAACAGCUGGUCUAUCUCCUCGAAAACUCUUCGGGAACUGGUUGAGCAUUUCGGACCUGGUACUGAACAGCUCGAUGUUUAUUCUGAAGAUGGCCGUGUGAGCCUUACAAGUUAUACAGAGAAAAUCAUGUCCGGGAGUGAGAUUUUAAAGCAACCGCUUCAUACGACAAUUGCUAUUGAUACUCUGGAAUUUGCAGAUUUCUCGGUCGAGGAGCAGCUACACAUCGUCAUAAGUGUCAAGGAUUUCAAAUCAAUCAUCACCCAUGCCGGUAUCACAAAUACGAUAGUUAAAGCUCUUUAUUCUCGCCCAUCAUGUCCAAUACAGUUAACAUAUAGCGACGAGGGCAUUCUGACCGAGUUUAUUCUUAUGACUAUCGGAGAAGCCAAGGCCGGUUCAGCAACACCUGCGCCCAAUGCUUCAAGGGCAGGCUCUAAAAGACCGGCAUCAAGACAACCCCUUGAAGCAACGUCGAGCUCUAAAAGGGCAGCUACUUUAGAAAUGCCACCUCCCUCGCACCAUGGCGAACAAAACCGAACACGAGACAGCAGAAAAACCAAGGUUUCUAGACCUUCUCCACCACCUCCGCAGCCUAGCAUCCAGUCCGAUGCGCUCUUUAUGCCCCCUGCCGAUGAUGACCGAAGAUGGGACCCAUUGAAUUUCGAGGAUGAAGAUGAAAUGUUACUCUGGGAUACCGGAGCGGAAAAUAACCCGACGACAUUGAACUCGAGUCGGAAUUUGACAGCAGCUGAAGCCGGGAAUCAGAGUGGCAGCCAUGGUGAGACCAAUACCACAGGCGGCCAAAAUAACCAACACACAUCAACCCAGCGUAUUCCACCAACUCAGCGACUGUCAGGGAUUAAGGGCAUGUUCGAUGAUUGA